CCUCUCCCACAUCCUCCACCAUCUCCCACAAUUCCUCACCACCCAAGGAUGUGAUGCACUCUGCUCGCCGCUGCUGGCAUCGCGCAAGCAGACAUCCCCUCCAACCAGCCUGCAAGCAUGUGAGGGCCCAACACGCGCAGGCGGGAAGCCUCAAUGCCAUCACCAACACCGCUGCACCCUCCAAUGCAGAAGAGCAAGGACGCCUCGCAGGCAAGAACGUAGCCAUCAAAGACAACAUCACCACCUCGUCCCUCCCCACCACCGCAGCAUCCGGCAUCCUCUCCACCCACGUCUCGCCUUUCGAAGCCACGGUCGUCAGACUCCUCCGCCAAAAUGGUGCUACCAUCACCUCCACCACCAAUCUCGAUGAAUUCGGGAUGGGCUCGCACUCCCAACAUUCCGUCCACGGUCCCGUCUUGAGCCCCUUCACACGAGACGGCAUUCCCUUAUCCCCCGGUGGAAGUAGCGGCGGCAGCGCCGUGGCCGUCGCAAGUGGACAAUGUUGGACAGCGCUCGGCACCGACACGGGCGGCAGCGUGCGAUUGCCCGCCGCUUACGUGGGCGUGGUGGGCUUCAAGCCGAGCUAUGGCUUGCUGUCGCGCUGGGGCGUCAUUCAAUAUGCGAAUUCGCUCGACACGGUGGGCGUGCUUGCGCGAAGCGUGGGAGAUGUAAGAGAAGUGUUCGAAGUCUUGAACCAGCAUGAUGCUCGAGAUCCGACCUCCCUUCCAGACUCUGUCCGCCAACGCGUGACUUCCAGCCGCAGCGAAAGACAAGACCAUAAAGGCAAGGCUCUACGAAUCGGCAUUCCCCUCGACUACAACAUCACCUCCCUCGCCCCCUCCAUCCGCAAAACCUACACCACCCUCCUCACCACCCUUCAAUCCCAAGGCCACACCCUCCACCCCAUCCACCUCCCCACAACCCGCCUCGCACUCUCAGCCUACUACGUCCUCGCCCCCGCCGAAGCCUCCUCCAACCUCGCCAAGUACGACGGCAUCCGGUACGGGCAGCGCAGCACCACAGCAACCGCAGACGCCUCGCCAGCAGAAAAGCUGCCGCUUUACGCCGCGACUCGCGCCGAGGGGUUCGGAGAGGAAGUCAAGAGACGGAUCUUGCUGGGCGCGUACACGCUCAUGUCCGAGGCGAGGGAUAACUACUUUUUGCAGGCGCAGAAGGUGCGCCGGCUAGUGCAGCGGGAUUUCGACCGGGUGUUUGCUGCGCCGAAUCCUUUGCUGGAUGCUGGUGGUCAUGACAUUGGUGAGGGCGAGCGAGAGGAGGAUGUAGUCGAUGUGCUACUCACGCCUACUGCGCCUACGCUGCCGCCUACGGUGGAGGAAGUGCAGCGCUCGUCGCCCGUGGAGAGCUAUAUGAAUGACGUCUUCACUGUGCCGGCGAGUUUGGCCGGCUUGCCUGCUGCUAGUGUGCCCGUUGCUUUGCCCGAGGCGGUGAGAGAGGGGCUGGGAGAGGGAGAUGUGCGCAGUGUGGGCAUGCAGGUCAUUGGGCAGUUUGGAGACGAUGAGCUUGUUUUGAGAGCUGCGGAGGUGAUUGAGAAGUUGUAUCAUUAGUGUCUCUCUGGUAUCUUAGAAUAAAUCAAGACAACGACAUCCCCGUGCAAUCAAAAGUACAUAUAUGUACAGACCAACCCAGACUCGAACCCGGGGCCUCCCCCCCAAAAAGCUUACAAAAAAACAAACUCCUUUUCAGGAGAGAAAGCAAGGCGAGACUCGUAGGACCCCAACAGGUUUGCAUUUUUUGGGCCGCCGACC